AUGGAGAGCAAUAGAGAUGAGAUGAAAGUGCAAAUAGAGAUGAGCUCUGAUCUUUGCAGUGAUAAUAAUAAUAAGAUAUCGAAUAACCGAAAGAAUGGCAAUAAAGGGGUUAAACGAAAGAAGGACUCAUCGCUCGACACAUCCAAAGACGGCGUUUCAACGAAUUCGUUAGAUUUGACAUCAAAUGCAAAGAAUGUGAAGAAAGUAAUGGAUUCGAGUCAUGACACCAUCGAAGGCAUUGUUAUGGACUCACACUCGCCGUCGUCGGCAGACUCGAGUGCAUCGGUCGACAACACCGGAGCCACCGAUUCGGUGAACGAAAGCGAUAAGUCCAAGAAGAAAAAGGCCAGAACCACUUUCACCGGUCGACAGAUCUUUGAACUCGAAAAACAAUUUGAAGUGAAAAAAUAUUUGUCUUCGAGUGAAAGGGCAGAAAUGGCCAAACUUUUGAAUGUCACCGAAACUCAAGUGAAAAUAUGGUUUCAGAACCGAAGGACUAAAUGGAAGAAACAGGACGGCAUCUCCAACACUGAGGCCGCAGACUAUAAGGUCGGCGCCGAUAAGAGACCCAAAGAACAGUCGUCUUCGAGUAAACAUAAAUCAAACAAAUCAGUGAAAAGCAAUACAAAUGCAAUCAAUAGUUCAAAGCCUUUAGCUCUUAGUCUUUCGGCUGUCGGACAGACCUCUUCUUGUAGUCAAAUGAGUGAAGAAACGGUCCGUAAUAUCAGUACUAAUAGUAACAGCAGUUGUAGUUCGACCCCAAAGAAUGGUAUUUUAGACAUAGAGCCAAACACUUCCUUAGGUCUGAGUAAUAAUAAUAAUACCAAAUAUGACAUCGAAUUGAAGCCUGAAAUGGAUGAAAACGAUUCAAAGAGUCCCCGAUCUCUACGAAUAGACGACCAAGAGUUCGAUACGGACGCCGACAGAGACUCUCCGAUGCCUUUCGAUGACUCGGACUCGGAAGACUCGGAUGACUCGGAGGAGGAUAACAAAGAGCCGAACCGGACGGUAGGCCCCAGCAGUCAGACCACUGUCUUGACGUCAAAUAAGCAGAACUGUGCGACUGUUAGCACCGAUAGCUUGGGUGAAGAGAGUAAGGGAGUGAGUGUUGACAACAAAGUGUUUCGGACAAUGGAUUGCAAUGAGAAGAAUGUGAACGGAAUUAAUGCCAAGAAUUUGACGACAGAUUCACACUCUCUAUGA